AUGCUUGCUGUAUGGGUAAUAACAAGUUCGAAACUCGAUGAUCGCCAUUCGUAUUGGAAAGAUUUCGUGGAGGCGAAAACAAUUUGUGAAAAAUUAACGGAAGACGAUAGUACCGACAGUCUUUCUAUCUUGAAUGAUUUGCUGCUGUCGUUGCUGAGCCGGACAGAUCGAUUUCAUCGCUCAGUGGUGCAUUUUGUGUUUGCUUCAUUCAUCCCUCGGAUGAAGCUUAAAAAUAUUUUACAUAUUUUUGAGACUAUCAACCUCAGUGAUGAAGAUAUCAUGCACGAGAAAGAAAACAGCUCAAGUGAUGACGAAGACGGCGGUGAAAGUAGCGAAGCCGAGCAGCCGGAACAGAACAUUUCGAACAAAGGUUUCUUCUUGUUUUAUCAUGGUUCUAAUAACAGUGCAGUUGAUUGGUAG